CAUCUCAUAUUUCUUAAUAUGUUGAAAUGAAUAGAUCAGACUGAAAAAAAAAUUGAACGGAAUAAUACGAAGGCACAUGAAACUCUAAUCUUUCUUGUGUUAUAAUCGCAGAAUUUGGCUUAAGCGGCCGAAAUUGUUCCAUUCUUCUAAGACAAUUUCCUAAUUAUCCUAUUAAUAUACUCCGCUGUUUCAUUGUCUUCAUUCUCUUGGCCUAUUGUGCACAUUCCUGCCAAAAUCACUGCUAUCGGCAGAUUAUAAUCAACGGAUUACUAGUUUUCAUUCGAGUGUGCCUGAUUUGCGAGAUUAAAGAGGAUAAUAAAUAAGGCAAGACCAAACUCAGUAAAUACACGAUUAGAUUGAACUAGUAAAUUACAACUGAUAUCAAGUGCUUGUUAAAUUGUCAACUGGAUUUGUUUAAAACAUUUCCUGAUAAAAGUAGCCUCUUUUCUCAGAUAAUGUAUCUUGAUUGAGAUAGUAUGUCUUGAUGAACAACACAGUAUCUUUCAAGUCUUCUCGAACGCAAGUAUGUUUUUGUAAAGCUUUUACGCGGAGUGUGCCGAAUUUUCACAUUACACCGCUUUAAUGUUCGAUUAGUGGCAGAUAAACGGGAAAGUGAUAAGCGUUUAAAUUUUAGAGAAGAAGUAAGUAAACUGAAGCCUAAUGCAGAACAGUGCUGGUAGACGCUUGAGAAUAAUCACGUGUAGAAAUCAACCACAAUGAACAAAUUUUUACUUUCCAUAUUAAAACAUAAACUUAUAAUAAUAACAUUGGUUGGUGUGACUAUUGGAAUAUCGGUUGGUGUAUGUCUGAAGCACUACAGCGGAAUAUCAUGGUCCCAGCGAAAUCUCAUGUACAUCAAAUUUCCUGGAGAAAUAUUUCUCAGAAUAGUGAAUUGUUUAAUAUUACCGCUUGUCACGUCCAGUAUCAUAAGUGCUACUUGCAAUCUCACAAAAUCUGGACCGAUUGGGUUGAUGGCGUUAUACUAUUAUCUAACGACCACUACGAUUGGAAUAACUUUGUGUGUCAUACUUGUUGAGACUAUCCGGCCGGGCGAUUUAUUGAGAAAUGAAGAUGUUAGUCCACCAUCAUCUACAAGGAUGUUUAUGACAAUGGAUACGAUUCUGGAUUUGUUUCGUAAUUUACUUCCUGAAAAUAUAGUACAAGCAUGCUUCUAUCAGUAUCAAACUGCUCUACAAAUGCCAAGCAAUGGAUCUGCAGUACCGAUAGAAGAAUGGAAGAUAACCAGCGAAUAUGUAACAGGAACAAAUGUCUUGGGCUUAGUAUUUUACAGUUUAUUAAUCGGUGUGGCAAUUGGAAAUAUAGGUGCAAAUGGAAAACUACUAUCAGAGUUUUUCACUUGCUUAUCUGAAGUCAUGAUGACGAUUAUGAAAUGGAUAACAUGGCUAGCGCCAAUAGCCGCAGCAUUUCUUAUUGCCGGUCGAAUUCUGGAAAUUGACGAUUUUGGUAAUAUAAUAAGCCAUUUAGGAUUUUAUAUCCUAACGGUAACUCUUGGAUUGGUGCUGCAAGGUUUUGUGAUACUACCUUUUCUUCAUUGGACCCUCACGCGUAAAUCACCUUACAGAAUUAUAUCCAAACUUGGCCCGUCCUUUGCAACAGCCAUCGGAACAUCGUCAAGUACCGCCACAGUUCCAUAUACAAUAAAGUGUUUGGAGACUAUGGGAAUAAAUUCCAAAAUAACGAAGUUUAUUAUACCGAUCGGAGCAGCGAUAAAUAUGGACGGAAUAGCACUGUAUGAAACAAUUGGAGCGAUAUUUAUUAUACAAUUACGUGGGUUGAAAUUUUCACUAUUUAAAAUAAUAGUCGUCAGUAUUACGUGCACAGUAUCAUGCGUGGGAGCUGCUGGCAUACCCAGCGGCGGUUAUAUGAUGUUGAUAAUGGUGUUAAAUUCUAUCGGAGUGCCUGUUGAAGAUAUUACAUUAAUUAUCGCUGUUGAUUGGUUUGUCGAUCGUUUCAGAACAACAAUCAACGUUAUAGGUGACGCGCUUGGCGCGAGCAUUAUAUCUCACUUUUGUAAAAAGAAGAAGCUGGAAGAAGAUGAGAUGCAUUGUAAGGAACUGUUCACGAUGGGUUCUAAAGACAUAUGACAAAUAUAAUAAAUUUUAAUAUGACAAAUUUUGGUUGGCUUCCUGAGGGUCCAGCUAUGUCAUGCGUUCUCUGUGUACUUGUCAGCCUGUUCGGAUGUGUAGCUGCAAUGUGACGAUCAAAAUACUAUAACGGAAUGUUAAGAGAUAUUUUGCAGCUACAAAUAAUACAUUGCACCUCAAAAUGA